AUGGAUAUUCAUCCAGAUAAUACAUUGUCCAAAUUUACUAAUAAUUUAUCAUGUCCAAUAAAUCUUGAAGGAAAAUGGAAAGUUGGAAUACAAGAAAUAUUUUAUCCAACAACAUAUGAAAUCAAUACUAAAACUGUGAAGUUCAGCCUUUUCUAUGGUGGAACAUAUCGAUUGGGAAAAUUUGAGUUCACUUACUUUGAAAGUGAUGACAUCAACAAAAUAUUAAAAUGUAUAAAUGAUGUCUUCAAAUCAUCUGUUUCUGUAAUAAAUGCUGAUUAUCCACCUGAUUCUUCUACAAAAUGGUUCUAUAGAGAUAAAAGCAGCAAGUCUGAGUUACAGAUUUUCUCUAUACCACCAACUCAAACAGUGAUAGAAUCAAGUUAUGAAGUCGAAUAUCGACCUAACUCUAGUUUAGAUUCAUCGAAAUGUUAUGAAAUUGUUGUUCCUUCGAGUGAAGAUUUUACUGAUAUGGCUGCGUCAAUGUUGAGUCUAACUAUACGUGUACAAACUCAAAAUGGUUCAAAUAUACCAGAAACUAGUAAAAUAAUGCCCGUUACUAACUUCGGUAAUUCUUUAUUCGAACAAAUUGAUCUAUUUAUUGGCUCAGUUAACACUAUACAAGCUAAUAAUAUGUAUCAUUACCAGUCAUAUAUUGAAGACCUAUUAUUCAGACAACAUAACCCAUGUGACGCCGGUGGUGAAACGCAUGAGACAGUGUUGAAAAUGAAGUUCAGACAGUUUCCACUGAUCAAGUAUGAUAGUGUCGAUAAAGAUACUUAUCAAAUUAAGUUUGAAAGAUUAGCACUACAUAUAAAACGUGUGAAGCUAUUUGCUGAAGCCUCUAAAAGUAUCAUCUUAGCCCUUGAAAAGGGUCCUGCUAAAUAUUUUAUUACACGUAAUGACACACGAAACUUUUCAAUACCGGCUGGUCAAAUGAUUGCAUCAAUUGAUAAUAUGUAUUCUGGAAUAUUACCACGAAGGAUUUUUAUGGGAAUUACAAAAGAAACCGCUCAUUCCGGAGAUUUAAAUGAAGAUCCAUUCUCAUUCAAUGAUUUUGGUCUCAAUUACAUUGCAUUGAAUGUUGAUGGAAUGACAAUACCAAGUAUUCCAUACACCUAA